AUGUAUGGAUAAUAGAAACUGUAAGGUAAGUGUCUAUCAUAUUUAUGACGAUAGAUAUCUAAAAAACCUAAAUGGGCAAUGACAUAAUGGAUAUGAAAAGAGAGUAGUAGUUGAGAAUUAAACUAAAAUAUCAAGGUCACUUUAAAAAAGGUAAUUAGAGAAUUUCAAUAUCAAAUUUACAGUUGUGUGAUACAUUUUUAUAGAAAAUUAAAUUUGAGAUUCGGUAUAGACGUUCUUAUUGUAAUAAAGAUAAGGAGUGUUAGUAUAGAGCCUUUUGGAGACCAAAGAGAACAUCAACCAGAAAUUUUGAGAUUUCUGAUUUUCAAAAUUAGAAUAUUAUUUAUUUAUUAUAAGAGAAAAAGAAGGCGAUCAUUAUAUCAAAAUUAUAGUAGCAGAAAACCUUUUUAUAGGUAUCCAAUUGGUAUGAAUUUAACAUUUUGUUGUUAUUUUUGGAAAAUCAUUAAAAAUUCUUGUUUUAAUGA